CCCCACUCGAAGUCUCAGACCACCAUUGUCCCUCCGGCAAUCCUAACACUCCAGCUAUUCCCUUAUCUCCGUCAAAGAGGCGCAAGAACGCGCCAGAUUCUUGGAUUGGGGUCAAGGUUUACCUAUCUGUUUAUUUAGCUUCGCCAAUUCGAGACAACACAGCAACCAGCACAAUAUACAGAAGCUCCUGAUGGAGCGCAGAAACACAGCCAUGGGGCCACCCCCGAGGCAAACCGCGGGGCGCUCCAGCAUCCGCCCCGGAGUACGAAAUAGUACAGCGACAUCGAGGCUUGGAGUCACACGAAACGCGUCGGUAACAUCGCGACUCGCACGAGCGGCAUCACCAGCAGAGUCCAUCGCAUCGAUAGCGACAGCUGCCACGGCAGGCGCAAAGCGCAAGGAGCGCGACUUUGACCCCGACGACGGCGAGGCUACCAACAUCAACGUCGUUGUGAGGUGUCGCGGCAGAAACGAGCGCGAGGUCAAAGAGAACAGCGCCGUGGUGGUGCGGACCGAGGCGACCAAGGGCAAGGUGGUCGAGCUGUCGAUGGGGCCGAAUGCGGUCAGCAACAAGUCCUACACCUUUGACCGCGUCUUCUCGCAGGCGGCAGACCAGGCCAUGGUUUUUGAAGAGGCGGUGAGGCCGGUUCUGGACGAGAUGCUGGCCGGCUACAACUGCACCAUCUUUGCAUACGGCCAAACAGGCACGGGCAAGACGUACACAAUGUCGGGUGACCUUUCUGAGACGAUGGGGAUGCUGUCCGAUAACGCCGGCAUCAUCCCACGGGUGCUCCAGGCGCUGUUUCGGAAACUCGAGCUCGACGAGCAGGAAAGCUCGGUCCGGUGCUCCUUUAUCGAGCUUUACAACGAGGAACUGCGCGACCUGCUCGCAUCCGACGACAACCCGAAACUGAAGAUCUACGACGAUACAUCACGGAAAGGCCACUCAACCACCAUGGUGCAGGGCAUGGAGGAGAGGUACAUCCAGAACGCCGGCGAAGGCCUCAGGUGGCUGCGCGAGGGCAGCUUGAAGCGUCAGGUGGCGGCCACCAAGUGCAACGACCUGAGCAGCAGGAGCCACACGGUUUUUACCAUCACGGUCUAUGCGAAGCACAAGACGGAUGGGAACGGGGAGGACUUUCUCAUGCUGGGCAAGCUGAACCUGGUCGAUCUGGCCGGCAGCGAGAACAUCCAGCGGUCAGGGGCCGAAAACAAGCGCGCUGCCGAGGCCGGGCUGAUCAACAAGAGCUUGCUCACGCUCGGGCGGGUCAUCAACGCUCUCGUCGACCGCAGCGCCCACAUCCCCUACAGAGAGUCGAAACUUACUCGGUUGCUGCAAGACUCGCUCGGCGGCCGCACCAAGACGUGCAUCAUCGCGACGAUAUCCCCGGCCAAGAGCAACCUCGAGGAGACCAUCUCGACGCUGGACUACGCCUUCCGAGCCAAGAACAUCCGCAACAAGCCGCAGCUGAACGCGCUGACUAGCAAGAAGACGCUGCUGCGGGAUUUUACGAUAGAGAUUGAGCGUCUCAAGGCGGAGCUGAUUGCGACGCGGCAGCGCAACGGCGUCUACCUGUCCAACGACAUGUACGAGGAGCUAACGGUGCAAAACGAGUCGCGCCGCAUCUUGACGGAGGAGCAGGCGGCCAAGAUCGAGACGCUUGAGACGAACCUCAAGAACAAGCUGCAGGAGCUCUUGUCUGUGACGUCCAACUUGAUGGGGCUCAAGAAGGAGCACGAGGGCACGAUGGCCCGGUUCGACGAGACCAAAGAGGUGCUCGACCAGACCGAGAUCGUGCUGGCAGCCACCAAGAAGGCACUGGCGGAAGAAACGCACCUCCGCAAGGCCCAUCAAGCAACAGAAGAGCAGUUGGCUGUCGUCGGCGGUGACCUGCUCAGCACGCUCAAAAGAGCGGUCGGCGACAUCGAGGGUCUCCACGCUAAGAACGAUCGAAGGUCGGAUCUGCACGACCUCAACCGCAGCACCUGGAACAUGUCGCAGGCGCACGUCGCCGAUAUCACCGAGAUUGUGGAGGGCCGAAUCGAAGAGUUCCGACAGGGCCAGGAGGAGCAUAUCUCGAGCAUGUCGCAGCGCAUGCAGGCGUUUGUCAAGGAGGAGCUGGAGAAGCUGUCGUCGACGCAGACGUUCCUCGACGAGAACUUGGCCCAGUUCGCUGAGUCGAGGACGCAGCUACUAGAGCAGCAGCAACGGUCAAAAGAGGAGAUGGACGUCGUGCUGGAGGAGAUCAAGGUUGUUCGGAACAACGUGAAGCAGCGCGUCGGCGAGAGUCUCCAGGCUAUUGCUGCGGCGGCCGAGCGCAUUGCCGGCGAUGUCCUGAGCGAGCUGAGCACGUUCCACAGCCAGCUGCACACGUCGUACAGCUCGCUAGGCAAGGACUUCAAGUCUGUGUUUGAGGAGCUGCUGCGGCACAUACGCGCGCAGAAGGCCGAGUCCGAUAGGCUCAGGCACGAGCUGGAGGAGGCGGCGCAGGCCAUUGUCGAGUCCAACGAGUCGGUGUCUUCGAGGAUACAGGAAGUGCUGGAUGAGGAGCGGCAGCAGGCGGCAGCGGAGCGGCAGGCGCUGCUCAUGCAAAUAACGAGACUGGUCAACGCGCAGGGCGAGCUCCAGGAGUCGCGGCUGGCUGACAAGGCGGCGCAGAUCCAGGACACCAUUCUGGACUCCAACAAGACGUUCGAGGGCAGCGUGGCCGAGUACUCUGCGGGCAUGGAGGCAUGGGGCGAGAAGGACAGCAAGGUGCUUGAGGAUGUCACGAGCUCUAGGGAUGCGCUGAAGAACCGGCUCAAGGAUGACUGGACGGCCGCAAACAAGCACAGUACCUCAAUCCAGACGACGAGCAAGUCGGUCCACGCCGAGACGGUGCGGGUGGUCGAGGAGCAGAUGCAUGACCUCGACGUGCAGAUGCAGGACCUCGACGACUUUGUCUCGCGCGCCAAGUCGCACAACGCCUUCCACCACGAGCGGCACGCCGAGUCAGUGCAGGGCCUCACCGGCACGGUGGAGCAGUCCUUCUCCAACAUAUCCGGUCACUUUAAGCAAACCUUCGAAAGGGUACACACCCUGGGCGACGAGAUGGACACGGAUGCCAAGAAGCUUGAGGAGUCGCUGGAGCCGCUCGACGAGAGGGUGUGUCAGCCGCUGGCCGGGCUCCGCCAGGACGUCCAGAACACCGCGCUGCGCGAGUACGAACCGACCGGCGAGACACCAGAGAAGACCCAAUACCACUACCCGACGGAUCUGCCUCGCACGGGACCCCACGACGACCUGCUCGCCGCCAUGCGCGAGUCGCCUGCGCGCUCGCACUCCCGCUCGCCCACUUCCCCACCGAACGCCUUCGCAAUCAUGCCUGAUAUCAACCUCACGCCGGUCAGGUCCCCGACCCGAACACCGACCAACAGCGACGACAGCACUGGUUCUAGCAACAAUAAGAGCCCGCUGGCUGCUGCUGUCAGCUCGCUGCGCGAGGUCAAUCCCAACGUGACGAGCCCGGCGAAGUUUGACCCCUCGGCGAGUGUCCUGUCGUCUCUAGUGCCGCCUGGUGCAAGUGGUGGGGAUGGUGCGGCGUCGCUCCUGAUGAAGCCUGGCAACCAUGGCAGUAAUACCCGGACGAGGGCGUCCCGGCUGUCUAAGAGGAUUGGGCCCGUGGCGGAGGGCGCGGAGAAUAUGCCACUGCCGCCGCCGGUCAUGCGGGGCUCGACUAGGAGGAAGAGUCCGCGGUUGCAUUAAGCUACCUUCAACGGUCGAUCGUUUCAGUUAUCUCGGCUUUGACUUGAUUUUGGGGUGUCCGGCUUGGAGUUAGGGGUGUUCCAACAUUUGGUGUGUUUGGCUGGCUGGCUGGCAGUUUUGUUCUAUGUUUGUAGGGUUACUGAGCACCGAUACCCGUACGGUUCUACGCCUUUUCUAGUGGGGUUGGCGGUCUGAUUUCAGUCACUGCUGUCAUCAUGAUAUGGCAGAUUGGGUAUUUCUACGUUGUCUUCCCCCCGGCAUGAAUGCUGUUGGUGUCGUCCAGCAAUUCCGGUUUCUGGUCAAAGGUGUUGAUGCCUACCGUUCCCAUCACAGUGAUGGUAAACCACUGAAGCAAUAUAGCCUUUAAGACUGUCAAUAGUACAUUCGCCGCGUUCUUG